GGUGGGGCCCGCCAUGGGGCUGUGCCUGCCCUGCAUGGGGGGCGCCGUCAAGGACGUGGUGGAGACGCCCGACCCGGAAAUAAAAAGAAGACAGCUAGCAGAAGCUGCUGAAAAGAGGCAGAUGGAGGCUUCCUCUCGAGGUAUUAAGAACGCUUACUCUGUAGAGCAAAAGAAAAAGAAACAGGAAGAAAUAGAAAAAAGAAUUGCAGCUUCAGGUUCUGGAGGAGAAGGAGGACUGAGAUGGCAGGUUGGAUAAAGAGGUAUGGCUUCUGAAGAGAAGAUGGAUGUUUACUGCCAGUAACUUGCCAGUUUCUGCAGCUGAGCAGCACUUACUCAUCAUGUGGCUUUUGCUGUUUGCAUAUGAAGACUCAGCAGUACUUCGCCAUUGUGAAAGGACAGAUAUGGAAACAUACACUAAGAAGCUCAAGAACUAACUCUGAACACUACAUUUUGGCCAAAUUUGUUUGUUUGUUUUAUGUGCAUGCUUUAUUGCUUCCCUGUCAAGGGAGUGAGAUGGUUUUUCUCACAUGGAAGUGGCCUCCUUACCUGUAGUCAGUCAGUAGGUGUACGCUGUCUGGUCAUUUGAUGUAUGUAUGUCUGCUUGUGAUUGCUGCAGAGCUCAGGUGCCCAGGUGUUCUUUUUGAUGCUUAUUUCAAGCUCUACAAUUAAACUUGGACCGAAGUCUUCAUGUAGGAAGUUGUUCAUAAAUAUAUGUAUAUUGGAAUAUGUGGGUGACAGCAUUUCUCUUCAGUUUCCUAAUGACUUUUGAACUGCUUAGGGAUUUAGUGCCUUUUGCAAAGGAGAAAGCAGAUUCAUGGUGGGUCCUUAGAAAUGGAAGCAUUUUGUGACACUAGUUAAAAUAGAGACCUUUAUAAGCCCUGUAUACUUAUAGCAAGAAAGCUGUUUUGUUAUGAGUCUAAUAAUUGUUCUCCUCAUUUUCUCAUGUGGAUUUCUUUUGAGCCUGUAAGUAUUUAUAAUGAAUCCUGGAAGUUAAACAUGCAAUUAAAAAUACUGUUAUUAAUUGUUCUCCUUUAUUGCCACAAGAGGGCAAUGCUGCACUUCUGAGGAUUUUGAGAAACAUAAAAGCAAAAGACUUACUAAGUCAUUUCUUGGAUGGUUCAUUUCCUCAAGUUUCUCUACUAUCUAAGUGGGUUUGUUACAGCACAGUAACAUUUGCCAAAUGCCCAAAGUUCUGUUGCUUUUCUUCUGUAUUCAGCUAUGUCUGUAAUCCUUUUCCCCAGUGAAGCUGCCUUUGAUGAUUUAGAGCUACCUAAACUAUGGUGUUACAACUAGACUUUCAAACUAGGGGCCUCGAGCCACUGCUUGGCUAGAGGAGGGAUGUUUGUUGCAGCAUGAUCAACACUGUGAAUCUAGCUCUUGUUUUCCCCAGAGAGCAUUAUGCUUGGCCUUGGUAUGUUACUGGCCCCAUUUUUGACCUACUUUAGGCUAUGGAGGUUGUGGGGUUUUUUUUUUUUCUUUCAACUACACAUUCUUUUACCUCCCCAAAUAGUGUCUCACACUGUCUUAGGAGCACAGUCCUGACACAAUGAGUUUCCUGGCUUAGCCUUCCGACUUGAGUUGAUAAGGGAGGCUUUUCAAUAUUAAUAUAAUGGUGUUGGAGCUAAAAGGCGGCAUCCUUGGCAAAUGAAUACCUUCAGUUUCCUUUGAUUGCUGGCAAUUGCUCUCUUCAGUGUAUUAAUUGGUUGUAGUGAAUUCAAGUCUUAGAAAAAUGCACUGAAACACAAUAAAAUAUGCUAAACAUCAA